AUGGCGAAAUCCAAAGACAAUCAAAUAAACGGCAGUGUGGUCAAUCUCACAAUCCCCUUUGAGCAUCUGAGACGAAAAGAUGUUGCGCUGGUAGGUGGCAAAAAUGCGUCCCUCGGUGAGAUGAUCGGAAACCUGGCGGCCGAAGGGAUCUCUGUUCCUCCUGGCUAUGCAACAACGUCACAAGCGUACUGGCAGUACGUAGAGCACAAUGGAAUUCAAGACAAGAUUGCCUCCCUAAUCGCAGAAUGGAAAUCGGGUCAAGCUCGCUUGGACGACACCGGUCAUGCGAUCCGUGAUCUCUUCUUGCGGGGUAGCUGGCCAAGCAAUAUUGCGGACGAGAUCGUGAAGGGCUAUCACACGAUAGAGCACCAGACUGGGAUUCAGGGCUUGAGUGUCGCUGUGCGGUCGAGUGCGACAGCGGAAGAUCUUCCCGAUGCGAGUUUUGCCGGGCAGCAGGAGUCGUACUUGAACAUUUCGGGUGUGGAUGCACUGCUUCAUGCUUGCAAGAGCUGCUACGCGUCUCUGUUUACAGAUCGUGCUAUCGGAUAUCGCCAAGCAAAAGGUUUUGAUCAUCUGCGCAUUGCACUUUCAAUUGGGAUCCAACGUAUGGUGCCCUCUGAUGCAAGCUGUUCUGGAAUCAUGUUCUCCAUCGACACGGAGACUGGCUUUGACAAGAUUGUUCUCAUCAACGCAUCCUGGGGCCUUGGAGAGAAUAUCGUACAGGGCAUGGUCAACCCAGACGAAUAUCGCGUGUUUAAACCGUUGUUACACAUGGAUAAGUUUGAGCCAAUCAUUGAGAAAAAACGGGGAGACAAGUCGAGAAAGCUCAUCUAUGGCAACGGCAAUGCUCCCACUCGCAAUGUACCAACAUCCAAGGCGGAGCAAGCUGCCUUCACGCUUUCUGAUUCGGAAGUCCUUCAAUUCAGCCGAUGGGCAUGUACGAUUGAGAAGCACUAUGAAUGCCCGAUGGACAUUGAGUGGGCAAAGGACGGUCUGACAAACGAACUGUUUAUUGUUCAAGCUCGUCCAGAAACUGUCCAUUCGAGUCGAGAUAUGUGCGGGGAGUUCAAAACGUACGAAGUCACUGAUAAGGGCCGCGUCCUCACAACUGGCCUAGCUAUUGGAGAUGCAGCUGUAUCUGGUCAACUUUGUCUUAUCGAAGGAAAACACGAUCUCGAAAAAUUCGUGACGGGCUCAGUCCUCGUAGCAAAAGUGACUGAUCCAGACUGGGUUCCCUUCAUGAAACGUGCGGUGGCGAUUAUCACAGAUCUGGGCGGACGCACAUCUCACGCGGCUAUUGUGAGCCGCGAGCUGGGGCUUCCGGCGGUCGUUGGGACUGGAGAUGCUACUUAUACCCUCCACUCGGGCCAAAACGUCACGGUUUCUUGCGCCGAGGGUGACCGUGGCAUCGUUUAUGAGGGCACAUCUAGGAUUGUCACUCGGACCCUAGACGUGAACAGUCUCCCUCCGGUCAAUACCAAAAUUAUGAUCAACCUCGCGAAUCCAGGAGCGGCAUAUCGCUGGUGGCGACUUCCGGUUGAUGGAAUUGGUCUUGCUCGUAUGGAGUUUGUGAUCAGCAACGCGAUUCGCAUCCACCCAAUGGCACUGGCUUACUUUGAUCAAUUGAAAGAUAGCAAGGCUAAAAGCGAGAUUGCAAAGCUGACGUCGGAAUACAAACACAAGCCCGAUUAUUUUGUCGAACACCUCUCCCGUGGCUUUGCAGCCCUAUGUUCAACGGUUUACCCUAAGCCGGCGAUUCUCCGUCUGAGUGACUUUAAAACAAACGAAUAUUCAGACCUUAUCGGGGGUUCUGAAUUCGAACCAGUUGAGGAAAAUCCCAUGUUGGGUUUCCGUGGUGCCUCGCGGUAUUACUCACCACACUACAAGGAAGGAUUCGCCUUGGAGUGCCGCGCGAUUAAACGGUUGCGCGAGAAGAUGGGAUUCACCAACGCCAUUGUCAUGGUCCCGUUUUGCCGCACGGUCUAUGAAGCGGAGGAUGUACUGAAGGUGAUGGCGCAGAACGGACUUGUCCGCGGCGGGAACGGUCUUCAGGUGUAUGUCAUGGGCGAGAUUCCCUCCAAUGUGAUCCUAGCGGCUCAAUUUGCUCGUCAUUUUGAUGGCUUCUCCAUUGGCUCAAAUGAUUUGACGCAGUUGACUCUCGGAGUCGACCGGGACUCGGCCGAGCUGGGAGACCUGUUCAAUGAGCAAGAUGAAGCUGUCAAAUGGAUGAUCGAGCGGGUCAUCCGGGUUGCUCAUGAGAACGGUUGCAAGGUCGGUAUCUGCGGCCAGGCUCCAAGUGACCAUCCUGAGUUUGCUGCCUUCCUCGUAAAUUGUGGGAUUGACUCGGUCUCUGUGAGCCCUGACAGUUAUAUCCCGGUGAGAAAGGUGAUUGCAGGUGUACAGAAAAUGAGAUAG